GAGCGCAAGAUGGCCGAGGUGACAGAUACGGAGAGCUGUCAUCCGUACUCGGGAUCCGCCUAAAUUCUGAGCGCCUUCGCAUCGCGUCGCGUUGCGUUGCGUUACGAUGCAUAAAUACGCAAAAUUCUCUCGGGUCUGUCCUUAUAGAAACGCAUCGAGACAAUACGACGAGUAUGCACAACGCGUCGUGACUCGUAUGUAGAUACAUACGCGUACGUGUGUGACGUUCGCUCGCGUGCGACCUGCUUUUUUCACGCGAGCUCUCGCACAGUUUUCCUCGACUCGGCUUUCGCCGAGUAAUCAUCGUUUCUCUUCUCGCGUCGAUCGACCGUGCCGUGACAUCGGCAACGAAUCCGAUCGAACUCGUCGCAUGGUGAGGCAAAUGUGCUGUGUUUGCCCAUAGAUAUAAUUCCGUGUGCCGUUUUCGAGCAUGGAGGCGAUAGUAGAAUAUAAUUAUGUGGCGCAAGAGGACGAUGAGUUGACGCUGAAGAAGGGUGACAUCAUCACCGGGAUUAAGGUGAUGCUCGGCGGAUGGUGGGAGGGCACCCUGAGGGACAAGCGCGGCAUGUUUCCUGAUAAUUUUGUUAAGGUAUUGAACUCUUCUACUGGUAAUGGAACUAGCGGCAGCACCAGCGAGACUGUAAAUAAUACUAAAUUUGAUGAAGUUACAUUGAGAAACGGAUCUGGUAGACGCUUCUGCAAAGUCCUCUUCAGUUAUGAACCUUGUAACGAGGACGAGUUAGCUUUAGUACCGCAAGAUUCGAUAGAAUUCUUAGGAGAGGUAGAGGAAGGAUGGUGGAGGGGUCGUCUCAAAGGUAGAGUAGGUGUAUUUCCCUCAAACUUUGUUUCUCCCCCUGCACCUGAAGAACAAGAGAGGCACAAAGAGCGAGACAAAAAGGAAAUAUGUAGGGUACUCUUUCCUUAUGAGGCUGCUAAUGAAGAUGAACUCACGCUUGUUGAGGGAGAUAUAAUCACACUUUUAUCUAAGGAUGCACCGGACAAGGGUUGGUGGAAAGGAGAAUUAAGAGGACAAGUGGGUCUAUUCCCUGACAACUUUGUCGAGAUAAUUGGUAUGAAGAAUGAAUCCCUAGAACCCCAGUGGCACGAAAUAACAUCGCUUAGCGCAAAAUCAAGUGCUAGACAUUCCCAUCAAGUAAAGAAAAUCGAGAAAGCACAUGUUAGAAAAAGUCUCGACACCAGGAAUGUACAUUCAAGUAAUAUAUCAGAUCAUUUCCCCGCCAUAGAUACCACCACUAAAAAGAACCUAUCGAUAUCGUCGUCCACCUCCGUGUCAACGUCGUCGUCGUUGGCGGCUACCGGAAGCGGAGGCAGUGAUAAGAAAGCGACUGGCAGCCAUUCGAUUAUAUCAAGCCUGAAGCGUUUCGUGAGUGACGUAGGGAAUAAUAACGGUAUUGGCAACACGACGAGCGCCACUUCCGAAUGUCGUGAGGAAUUGGAUGGCGUAGAGCGAGGGGAAGGUGCACCACUUUCGCAUUUGACAGCUUCUCGGGCUAAAGCGCCUCGGCGACGUCCACCUUCAUCGCAACAUCUACGCCAUCAUGCCACUGAAUCUAGCGUAGGCGCCUCCUGGAUUGAGCUCCCUUCUGUCCCUAGCACUCUUUUGGAGGAUAACUUGUCUAAUGGACGCACUGAAACAACGCUGGAGCAAAUACCGGAUGAAGAAACGGAUGGGCUUGUGGUGAAAGCUAGAAGAAAAGCACCAUGGGUCGAGGAAUUGAAAAUGAAUCAGAUGGAAAGGAGAAAAAUUGCCGCAGAUCGAAUCGAUAAGACGGAAGUCAAAAAGGAACGAAAUUUCUCACGAUUAAUGACACAAGGAAAUGUCUCUGAUUCCAUUAACAAAUCUGAUAUCGAUACUGAUGAUAACAAACAGAAAGAUAAAAGUCCUAGAGCCGAUACAAGCCCGCACACUGACCACAGUCCUGGCUCAUCCGGACAACCGGCCUACGUUCCAUACGCUCUCUACAGCAAGCUAUUGGAAAGGGUCGCCGCAUUAGAAGAAAAACAAGCAGUAUUGCAGGUGACGAUAGGGCAGCUCUCCGAACAGCUCGUACCUCUUCUUGCAAACGCGUCGAUAAACAGCAAAGUAUAAAAAGAAAAGAAAAUCGAUAAUAUAUUUAUCUGCCUAUAUUAUCACUGUGUUGUUUUCUCAUUAUGCGCUAAUGAGAAAGAGACUAAUACUGCUAUAUUAGCGUAAUUUUUAUUGCUCUAUUACUGUUGUUAUAUAUUAUAUAUAUUUAUUCAUUUGGUAGCAUUCGUUUAUUGUUUGCUCCGUCGAUGCAGUAUUCAUGAGGACCGGUUGAAAAACGCAACAUUCCAUACGACAUUCGCUUGUAAAAAUCUUUCUCUUUAUCCUGACUUUCGGUAAUUUAACAGAUCUCAUUGCAACUGCCGGAAUUUAUCGCUAUCUUGAUAAUUAUAGCUGUUUUAAAUGCCUACAAAGUAGUCUCAUAUAACAGCUAUUUUCCUUGUAAAUUCACGACACAUAUCAAACACUUCAAAUCUGCAAUGUAUAUUUGCACAUAUUCUAGAUUCUUAUGACGUAAACCUUUUCCAUAUUAUCAGUAGCAUGAAAAAACUUGCGACAUAAAGUCUCUAAAAAAAAAGAAAAAAAAGCGCAAGUGUCCUUCCAAGUGUCCGUUUUUUCUUUUGCCAAUUUGCAUUUUAUUCAUUAUUUUAUGUUAUUUAUUUUUAUGCAUUUAUUUUAAUAGAAUUUACGAAAAGAUUGCUAAGUAUUUUAAUUUUAUUAUCUAAUAGUAAAUAUUAUAUAAAGGAAGAUGUAAAGGUACUUAAAGCUUGAUAGGACGUAAGAAUAUACAUAUGUGAUUCUUUUUUAUCCAACAAACACAGCUGCCUCGCGAUAAUUGUGUGAUGAUUUGUGUAGUAAGUCUCUUCAGUAAUCUGAGUGCCAAUGUGUAAAGCAUUUUAUUCACUAUAUUUUCGGGAUGCCUCAUUCUACAGUUAAAAGUAAGUGAUUCUCGUUGAUUUUUCACGAGUAACAUUACGGACAAUAUGGAUCCGUAUGAGCCUAAUUCGACAUAUAACGUCGAGCCAUUUAUUUUUAUCCGCUUAUCGAAGUAUAUUCCGUUCUAAAAGAGGUGGAAUAUGUCUUUGGAACGGUGCUGAUAAUGCGAUAUGAUAUAUCGUAACAUAUUUGUAUCAUGUAAGUGAACGAGGAAGCGAAAAAAAUUCAUAAAAAACUUUUGUUUUGUCCUAAAUAUGAAAGAGUAGACUAAUAUAGAGCAGGACUUUAAAACACUUUUAAUAUGCACUAUAAUCCAUUUUAAAGAUAGCUUAGCAGCUUUUCUUUAAUAUAAGCGCAAAUGUUAAAUAUGAAAAAAAACGUUCUUAUUUUUUAUAUAAAAACGGAAUUUUAAGUAAAUACGAAAUGAUUACAUAUAGAUAUAUGAGAAGAAACGUUACGAGACGUUAUUUAAUUUUUUAUAUCAGUAUUUUUUCUAUAAAAUAUAUUUGAUGCAUUAACAAAAGAGUGGACUAAAAGCUUUCCUCUAAUCAGAUUAAUAUAAAACAGAUUUUAUUUUUAUGUGUGUGCAGAUAUGCAUGUAUUAAGUUAUAUAUGUAUGUAUAUUUUAUUUUCUUUUGUUUCUUUAUUAUAUUAUAAUUUUUAGCAACCAAUAGUUUUAUAUUGGGAAAAGUCUAUGGCAGAAGUACUGCUCUAAGCAGUAUAUUUAUCAUAUUUACUUGACUAAUGUAUAUUUUUAUUGAAUUAUUUAUGAAUAUACAUAGCAUUUACACUAAUGUAUAAAACGAAAUAUAUUUGGGGGCGAGUCAGUGACUUAAUAUAAUGUCUCGCAAUGCAUAUAUUUUAAUUGCAUAUGUGUUGAGAUAUUUAUAAUCAUAAUAAAUUUCAUGAAAAAAAAAUUAUGUUAGAUAAAAUAUUUCUCUAUAAAUUAAUUUUAUUGGUAUAAUUGGACACUAAUAAACAUAGAUUACUAUUAUCAAUCUCUCCUUGCUUAAAAAAAUAAUGUGCUGUAAAGAUAUACCAUUUCAAAUGCAAACUCUUAUUUCGCAUGUAAUCCGUCCCCGAUCAAAAGAACAUCAAUGUGUAAUUCAUCAUAUAAAGUUGUCUUGAUUUAGGCAAUAAAUAUUUAAAUAUAUACAUUUUUCAUAAUCAAAUUUGUACAUUGAAUAGUUUCUAAAUCUUUUUUUUUAAAGGUACUAUAUUAUUCUAAUAUCGGUCUACAAUUUAUCAGCAUUUAUUAUUUAUAGCACGUUUAUCAAUAAGCGUAUAUUAUAUUUGAGAAACGUUUGUAAAACGCAAAACGCGUCGCAAGAAUAACUCCACAAAGUUAACCAAUUGUAAUUAACGAAAUGUGGUGGCUCUUCGAAUGGUUUAGGUAUUAUGUUCUCGUAGGGUAGACUAUCAUUUUAAUUUGUAAUAUAAUAUUAAAUUUGUGACUUAUAGCAUAAUAUUAAAUUUAAUUCAUUUUAAUAUGAACUCAAGGGCAACUCUCUUAAUCGGCAUCUAAUACUGACCAUAUUUAUGGAAAAAAAAAUUCAAGGUAAACGAGACCACAUGACAGAACGUUUAGAUUCGUAUUCUGUAACGCAAUCACAUCUUUUAUACUUUUAUAUUUCGCUGCACAUAUACACACACAGAUCAGGUCGUUUGAAUGCAAUAUUUCUUAUGUGAAUAUAUAUUCACUCAGACGCUAUAUAAUACAUUUCGGUUUGCAAACGCGACACCAACAUGCACACUUGCAGAUAUUAUAUACGCGUGACAAUAAUAGUUAUUAAGCGAAUUGAACGAACUUUCUUACUUUUUUUUCUAAUUAUACCUUGAAUAUAAAUUUAUUAGUAAUUAAGAGAUCCAUCGCACAUGCCUCGAUUUAAAUAUUUGCACCUUAUGCCUUUGAGGGAUAUUUUUUUUUUUUAAAUAAACAAUUGUUUGUUAAAUAUUAAUUUUGAUCAUCAUUCGCCACUCUUAGGAACAUCGUCUUCCUUCAUAAAUAAUAAACCCUUGCGAUUCAAUCAUUGCAAAUACAGCUAAACGCUUUUAACUUUAAUAUGAUCAUCUUAAAAGAAUGAUAGAACUAUGUGUUAAUUAAGUUAGGCUUGUACUUACCUAUAAAUUUUUUUUACGACGCCUCUCUUUAUUUGCCAUCGAAUCUUAAUUCAGAAUUGAUUUGAAAUAGAUGUUUUUGAGAGAGGAUCAUUAAAUGUGAAUGUUAAUCUGUAAAUACAAUAAUGUUGAGUACUAAUUAUGCGUGUUGAGUGAGAAUAUGCGUAACAAUUAUAACGAAAUUUUUAUUCUAAAGAUACCACGUUCAAGCAUUACCCUAAUGAGGCGGAUUAACAAUUGCAUAAUCGAGACAGUGUAUUUAAAUUGCGAUGCAACUAUCUCUUAUACGCUUUUGGUCGCUGGCGAAUAAGUAUCGGGAAGACUAAUGUAAUAACGGCAGACUUAUAUAUUUUCAAUUGUUGUUGUGCGACAUCGAAUCUUAUCGAGGAGACGAGACAUUUUUAUAUAUCACGCUGCAGCUCUCCUUGAUAAGUGUCCUAUUGAAAAGCGUAUCGAGUUAUGUAUGUACGUCGUUGCGGGACAGCAACAGCUGUUAGCUACAUAGUCGUUAAGUGAUAGGUAUCGCGCUGUAGAAAGCAUGAUCUAGAAUGUAAGGGAAUUGGAGUUAACGACUCGAGAGAGAGCUACGAACCGCAUACAAUUUUUAAUGUUAUUAACGUUUAGGCCUACACUCUAUGUACAUAUACGUAUAUAAGCAACGACCGAGUGAGAGUUAUAUAUAUUUUCCCCUCCUUUAUCAACGUGUCAACCAAUGCAGCGCAUAUGUCGGAUUAACAAUCGUACCUGUAAAUAAAGCCAUCGGAGUAAAUCUCUCUUUUUCUCUGCAAACGGAAUCCUGUAAUCCUACAUUAAAUCUCUGUACAUAUA